AUGUCCAGAAAAGCAGGAAACCGCGGACCACAGAUGGAGAUGCAGGUGGACUCGUCCAUCAUCCGGAUCCCUCCACAUCACUACAUCCAUGUCCUGGACCAGAACACCAACAUCGCCCGCGUGGAGAUCGGACCGCUCACCUACAUCCGCCAGGACAACGAGAGGGUUCUGUUCUCGCCGGUCCGGAUGAUCAUGGUCCCGCCUCGCCACUACUGCGUGGUGUCCAAUCCCGUCGCCCGGGACGACGACAAUGAGGUCCUCUUUGACCAAUCGGGUCAGGCCAAGCUGCGCCACGCCGACCUGGAGAUCCGGCUGACCCGGGACCCGUUCCCACUCUACCCUGGAGAGGAGAUCCAGCAGAAUGUGACGCCGCUGCAGAUCGUUUACCCAGACACGGCGCUCCGUCUGCAGGCGCUGCUGGACUUUGAGGACGAGGGACGAGUGAAGCGGGUGGCUGGAGACGAGUGGCUGUUCGAAGGCCCAGGGACCUACAUCCCCCGGAAGGAGGUGGUGGUUCUGGAGACCAUCAAGGCCACGGUGAUCCGGGAGAACCAGGCCAUCCGGCUCAGGGCGCGAAAGGAAGGCAAAGACCGCGGCGGCGUCCAGAGAGUUACAGGUGAGGAGUGGCUGGUCAGCAAGGUGGGGGCGUACCUGCCGGGUGCUCACGAAGAGGUCAUCGACAUCGUCAAUGCCUUCAUCCUGACGGACAAGAAAGCGCUGCAUGUUCGCGCCCUGCGGCCCUUCAAGGACGCCGGCGGGCGUGAGCGGCGUACGGGCGAGGAGUGGCUGGUCACCAUGGCCGACAGGGAGGCGCACAUCCCGUCUGUGGCUGAGGAGGUGGUGGGGGUGGUGAACGUCACCACCCUGAGCAGCAGGCAGUACUGCGUGGUCCUGGACCCGGUCGGCACCGAUGGGAAGCCUCAGCUGGGCCAGAAGAAGGUGGUGAAGGGGGAGCGCUCGUUUUUCCUGCAGCCCGGAGAGGAGCUGGAAAACGGCAUCCAGAGCGUGUACGUGCUGUCGGAGGAGGAAGGCCUGGUUCUGCGGGCCGUGGAGGCCUUUCAUGACACGGAGUACGAGGAAGCAGCGGAGGAUGAGGAGGACGACGAGGAGCCGAUGCAGGAGAGCGCCAAGCGUUCGCGGCGCAGCGGCGUCCUCCGUCGCCCCGGAGACCGCUGGAUGCUGCGCGGCCCCCUGGAGUACGUCCCCCCCGCCACCGUGGAGGUCCUGCUGACGCAGCGCGCCAUCCCAUUGGACGAGAACGAGGGCAUCUACGUCCGGGACAUCAAGACCGGCAAGGUGCGCGCGGUGAUCGGACACACCUACAUGCUGAACCAGGACGAGGAGCUGUGGGAGAAGGAACUUCCUGCCAACGUGGAGGCGCUGCUGGCGACCCGCCGCGACCCGCUGGCCGACCGCUCCAGUCACCACGGCGGCGAGGACGGCCGGCCGAGGGACAAGACGCGCGUGGUGACCUUCAGGGUCCCCCACAACGCCGCCGUGCAGGUCUACGACUACCGGGAGAAGAAGGCCAGGGUGGUGUUCGGACCCGAGAUGGUGAUGCUGGGGCCGGACGAGCAGUUCACCGUCCUGUCGCUGUCCGGGGACAAACCCAAACGGGCCAACGUCAUCAAGGCCAUCUGCCUGCUGCUGGGGCCCGACUUCUGCACCGACAUCAUCACCAUAGAAACGGCCGACCACGCCCGCCUGCAGCUGCAGCUGGCCUACAACUGGCACUUUGACGUGAAGAUCCCAGCAGAACCGGCCGCUGCCGCGGCGCUGUUCUCCGUCCCGGACUUCGUGGGCGACGCCUGUAAAGCCAUCGCCUCUAAAAUCCGAGGCGCCGUCGCCUCAGUCCAGUUCGACGACUUCCACAAGAACUCGAACCGGAUCAUCUGCUCGGCCGUGUUCGGCUUCGAUGAGAAGCUGGCGGUGCGUCCCAACCUGCGCUUCACCCAGAACAACCUGGUGAUCAGCAGUGUGGACAUCCAGUCCGUGGAGCCGGUGGACCAGAGGACAAGAGACGCCCUGCAGAAGAGCGUCCAGCUGGCCAUCGAGAUCACCACCAACUCCCAGGAGGCGGCGGCCCGACACGAGGCGGAGCGCCUGGAGCAGGAGGCCAGGGGCAAGCUGGAGAGGCAGAAGAUCACCGACCAGGCCGAGGCCGAGCGGGCCCGCAAGGAGCUGCUGGAGCUGGAGGCGCUGAGCGCCUCGGUGGAGAGCACCGGAGCGGCCAAAGCCGAGGCCCAGUCCCAGGCCGAGGCGGCGCGGAUCCGGGGUGAGGCCGCCGUCAACGAGGCCAAACUGAAAGCCGAAGCCCAGCGCAUCGAGGCGGAGGCGGAGCUCCAGCGGUUGUCCAAGGCGCGGGAACAGGAACUGGGCUACAAGAAGGAGCUGGACCGUCUGGAGGUGGAGAAGCAGGAGCGUCUGGCUCAGCUGGACAGUCAGCGCUUCAGGCAGAUGAUGGAGAGUCUGGGCAGCGACACGCUGAAGGAGAUCGCCCGGGCCGGGCCAGAACUGCAGGUGAAGAUGCUGCAGUCUCUGGGUCUGAAGUCCACUCUGAUCACGGACGGCUCGUCGCCCAUCAACCUGUUCACCACCGCUAACGGCCUGCUGGGGGCGCUGCCCGGACCGGGCCCAGCCCAGUGAGCACAGGUACCGUCCUGGAGAUGUUCUGGACCAGACCGGGCCCAGGUUGGGUCAGAGGUUCCUGCUCUGAGCACCAGAACCGGUUCUGAUGAAUGAAGCGGUAAACUCUUCCUGGUUCUGUUUUCCAGGUGUCAUGAUUGGACCAACCGUUAGUGGGCCUGCUGGUUCUGGUUCUGCUGCAUCAGAACCAGAACCAGCCGGGUUCUGAUGAUGUUCUGCCUUACAGCCAGCUGUCUCCUCUGAAGGAAUAAAAAACUGACAUGUUUCAACUGGA